GGCGCAGCCGGGCCGCUCGGGUCUAGCCCCAGGGGCUUGUCGGAGGAGCGGCGGGAGGGGGGCGCGGGGGGAGCCCGCCGCGCCGCCGGGUGCGGGCGGGAGGCCCCGCCGCCGCGCCCCGUCCGCCGAGCGGGGAUGACCCUGUCGGGCGGCGGCAGCGCCAGCGACAUGUCCGGCCCCACCGUCCCGGCGGCCGAGGAUGUGGAUAUCGACGUGGUGGGCGAGGGCGACGACGGGCUGGGCAAGGACAGCGACGGCGAGGCCGGCAGCCCCGCCGCCCUGCCGCGCCUGCCGCUGGACGAGGCGGCGGAGCUGGCGCUGCCCGCGGAGGCGGGCGCCGGCGCGGAGAGCGGCAGCAGCGGCAGCGGCAGCCCGGCCGAGGCGGCCCCCGGCGGCGCGGCCGAGGGCGGCAAGGGGGGCGGCGAGGAGGGGGCCAGCGGCGGCGGCGGCGGUGCGGCGGGGCAGAGCAAGCCCAAGAGCAGCCUGGUGAAGCCGCCCUACUCCUACAUCGCCCUGAUCACCAUGGCCAUCCUGCAGAGCCCGCAGAAGAAGCUGACGCUCAGCGGCAUCUGCGAGUUCAUCAGCAACCGCUUCCCCUACUACCGGGAGAAGUUCCCCGCCUGGCAGAACAGCAUCCGCCACAACCUCUCCCUCAACGACUGCUUCGUCAAGAUCCCCCGGGAGCCCGGCAACCCGGGCAAGGGCAACUACUGGACGCUGGACCCGCAGUCCGAGGACAUGUUCGACAACGGCAGCUUCCUCCGCCGCAGGAAGCGCUUCAAGCGGCACCAGCAGGAGCACCUGCGGGACCAGACGGCACUGAUGAUGCAGGGCUUCGGCGCCUACGGCCUCGCCGGCCCCUACGGCCGCCCCUACGGGCUGCACCCCGGCGCCUACACCCACCCGGCGGCCGCCGCCGCCGCGCUGCAGUACCCCUACAUCCCGCCCGUGGGGCCCAUGCUGCCGCCCGCCGUGCCGCUGCUGCCGUCCAGCGAGCUCAGCCGCAAAGCCUUCAACUCCCAGCUCAGCCCCAGCCUCCAGCUGCAGCUCAACAGCCUGGGCGCCGCCGGCUCCAUCGUCAAGUCGGAGCCCAGCAGCCGCCCCUCCUUCAGCAUCGAGAACAUCAUCGGCGUCCCGGCCGCCAGCUCGGCUGCCAGCGCCCAGACUUUCCUGCGGCCGCCCGUCACCGUGCAGUCGGCCCUGAUGGCCCACCAGCCGCUGGCGCUGGCCAGGACCACCGCCGCCAUCGCCCCCAUCCUCAGCGUGCCUACCAACAUCAUCGCGGGGCAGUUCCUGCAGCCCGCCGCCCCCGCCGCCGCCGUGCAGGCCAAGUGGCCGGCGCAGUAGCCCCGGGCACUCGUCCCCGGCCCGUUCCCGCAGAGCCCCGCCGCCGGCGGCCGCCCCCUCGGGGCUCCGCCGCCGGCGCGCCCGGGCUCCGAGCAGCGGGCGGCGGCCCCCGCCGCCGCCGCUUGUACAUAUUUGUAUCAAAAAUCACUGACGUUGCUUUCGGGGUUUUUAUUUUUCUAAAGAGGCGAAAUGACGGUCGCGAUUAGGAGCUGCGAACUUUCACUUUUUUUGAAGGUUCCGGCGCUCCGAGCGGUUUUAUCCGAAAUAAACGAACAAACGAGAGAAAAAAAAAUGUAUUAAAAAAAUAAGCGGGGGAAAUUUUAAAUAUUAAACGAACGAACAAAAACAAAAAAAAUUUUGGAGAAAAAAAAGAAAGGAGGAAAACGCUGUCAUUCUAUUAUAGAAGUCUGUUUAUAUAUGAAUGAAUAUAUGUAUUCUAAAUGUUAUCCCUUCGUGUUGUACACAACUUUGUAAAUAAAUUUUUAAAAUGC